GCCAUGAAGCGAGAGCACGAUAAUGACGAUGGUGAUCGCACUGGUCGCCAUAAGAGACCGAAGACUGACGGUUUUACCGAAGCAAUCCAGCAAGGAAAAUUUGAAGUGCGACUUCUCGUGAGCAGCAAAUCUGCAGGAGCAAUCAUUGGAAAAGGCGGUGAAAACAUCAAACGCCUUCGUGCAGAAGUAAGUUUUACCGGAAUACUUUUGUGUUUCUGAUUCAGAACAUUGACCCGAUAGAGACCCGUCUCCUUACCCCGAUUUAAUUUUCAGUUCAACGCCCAUGUCCAAGUCCCCGACUCGAAUACCCCAGAACGGUAAAUAAGCCCAAGUCCACCAGACCAUCAGAAUCACAUUCCCAAUCACGGCCCACAUUGAUCUGAUUCCACAAUUUCUUCGAUAUUAUUGUACACAUUUAAAGAAUCGUUAUGUGUUUUUCCCCUUUUUCAAUUAUUUUUCCCUUCAGUUCCGUGUUUCUUUUGCAAAUUCUGUCAAUAUUUCAGCGUUUGCACCGUUACUGCUGAUGAGAAGACUGUUCUCAACAUCUUGAAGGAUGUGCUUCCACGUUUGGAAGAUAAUUUCUCGGAGCGCGAUCCGUGUGAAGUGCGCAUGCUCGUCCAUCAGUCACAUGCUGGAGCUCUUAUCGGACGCAACGGAUCCAAAAUUAAGGAGCUCCGUGAGAAAUGCUCUGCACGUCUGAAGAUUUUCACAGGAUGUGCGCCUGGAUCCACCGAUCGUGUGUUGAUAACAUCUGGAGAGCAGAAGAAUGUGUUGGGAAUAAUUGAAGAAGUUAUGAAGGAGUUGAAAGAAAUUCCAAUCAAAGGAUCUGCAACUCCAUAUCUUCCUGCAUUCAACUAUGAUCCUUCCAACAUCUCUGAUUAUGGAGGUUUUCCCGGAAACAUGCCUGCAGGUGGACCACCAAACAAUCGCGGUCCAGCGCCACAACGAGGAGGGCAAGGACCUCCAGGUGGACCAAGAUCGUAUGGAGGAGCUAUUACACAAGGAGGUGGUCAGAGAUCCUUCGAAGCCGGCGAUUUCCAACAGUUCCGCGGAGGGCCAGGACCUGUUCCAGGGUACGCUAUGAGUGCUCCAGGAUAUCCUCCACAACAAGGACAAUUCGGUGCUCCAAACAAUGCUGGUUAUGGUUAUGGGCCUGGUGGCGGAGGACCAGUUACUACUGCGCAGGUGACGAUUCCAUCCGACCUUGGAGGUACCAUCAUCGGUCGUGGCGGAGAACGUAUUGCUCGCAUUCGUCAAGAGUCUGGAGCUCAGAUUACUCUCGAACAAAGCAAUGGACAACCGGAACGUAUCAUAACUAUCAAGGGGACGGAACAACAAAUUCACAGUGCUCAGUAUCUUCUUCAGCAAUGUGUCCGCAAUUCGACCCAAGGCCGUGAACGAUUCGGUGGAUCUGUCUAGGUUCUGGUGUUCGUACUCUUCUAUAUUUUCUGACAAAAAGUUGAAUCAUGCAAAGCUAUCUACUCCUUCGUAUUCUGUGCUAGAUUUCUGAAACAAAUACCAAAGAAUUCUCUCGCAACUGUUUCAAAUCUUAUGAAUUCAGUUUUGUCAGCUUUAUUAUUUCCACAAACCUUGUCGUUAUUCUAUUUUCUUGUUUUUCUUACAAAUGUAUCCUGCUUGCUUACAUCUUCCGUAAGAAGUAGGGCUUCCUCGUGUUUCUUUUUACCCUCCCUUCCUAUGUUCAAUUCCUUGGAACUUUAGCCAAAUUUUUAUUAUCUGGAAUCCUUAUUCUCAAAACGUUGUUAUCAGUCUCUUGUCCCCACUUGGGGUUUGAUCUCUCUACUAUAUCCCGUUUGUCCCACCACCACCACAACGCCCAAUAUUUUCAAAAAUGAUAUCAUUCGAUACCAUUCGAAGUAGAAAAAAAGAUCACCCAGCUCUCUGAUAUGCUUCUAAUACUUUUUCCAUGUUUUCUUAAAGAAUGUGCGUGUAGAUUGCUAGGCACUUUGACUCGCUCCCACAAUCCCCCAUGUCCUUGCAAAUUAUCUCCUAAGGGCGUUUGUUUUUUCCU